AGUUGAAGAAUACCCCAAAGCUAAAUCACCAUGUCACUGUCCAUAGCAGCUGAUUCAAUUGCCCCUGCGAAGCUGCAGAAACCUCAGCUUCCGAAUCCCUUUGAUCUCUCUGACUCUCAAAUCCUUGAGAAAGUUUAUCUGACCCACCUCCAUGAUGAAGACCAGUGCGAUGUAGAUGUCCUUUCGGACAUUGUGUACAGUGUUGUACGUAAGACAGGGUUACCUGAAGGCAAGGCUUAUACCGUUUUCCAACCAGAAUUUCGUACAAUGAAGCUGAUUUCUUGUCAGAUGAUAACCACACCUCGUGGUGAACAUUAUGUGCACCAAACAACGAUGUGCAUUCUUCAGUACCUCAAAAGCUACUCGUGGGAGGCAAAAGCACUGGUAACUCUAGCUGCUUUCGCUUUGGAGUAUGGGAAUCUGUUGUACCUCAGUGACAUUGCAACACCGGAUAAUCAACUUGCAAACUCGUUGAAACAACUGAAUCAAGUUCAAAUUAGAAAGGACCCUGCGACCAAUCUGGUGGUGCUGGUGAGGGAAGUGCUUGAUCGCAUCCAAGACUGGGCAAGAUGGUCUGCUCUUGGUUAUGACAUACAGGAAGUGCCUUCCUUGUCAAAUGCCCUGAAUGAGAUCCCUGUUGUUGUGUAUUGGACACUUGCUUCCCUUGUUGCUGCCACGGCCAACCUCGUUGGGGUUUCGGACUAUAGAUUAACGGGUUUUAUGGAAAGGCUUUCUUUGGCUGAUUCUAGAUUGAAGCAACACCUGAUAUCGAGCAAGGAGCAAAUAGAUUAUGUAGAGGAAUACUUGCAGCGCAGGAAAGCAUUUUCCAAUCCCAAGGAUGUUGUUGAAUUCUUGAAGCUUCUGAUCCAAGACAAUAAAUCUAAGGUCCAAAUAUACGAUGGCAGCACCAAAACCAAAACGGAUAUUGAAGUCUUCAAGCAGAAAUAUGUCUUGUUGUUCAUUUCAAGCCUGGACAAGAUUGAAGAUGAGAUUUCACUUUUGAAUUCAAUCUAUGACAGAUUGCAGGAAAACCCUACGGAAAUAAUAAAAAAUUAUAAGAAAGAGGAUUUCAAGAUUUUGUGGCUCCCCAUUGUGGCUCUCUGGGACGAGAAGCAGAGGUACAAAUUCAAUGUUUUGAAGGAUAACAUCAAAUGGUACGCAGUGGAGCUCUUCUCAGAGCUACCAGGCACUGAGUUAAUAAAAGAGAAAUUUAAUUACUUGGGUAAGCCAAUUAUCCCAGUGCUCACUCCUCUAGGUGACAUACUGAACGAAGAUGCAAUGGACUUGAUUUUCCAAUGGGGAAUCGAUGCCUUCCCCUUCAGGAAAAGUGAUGGUAUUGAGCUUACCAUAAAAUGGAAGUGGUUCUGGGAUGCAGCAAGGAAAGCAAAUCUUGGAAUACAGGCCAACGGGGACAGGUACAUCUUCAUCUAUGGAGGUGGUGACAAAAAUUGGAUUCAACAGUUCACAGUGGCCGUGGAGAAUACAAAAAGGCAUGCAACAAUCUUGAGCACUGAUACUAUAAUAGAUCACUAUCAGUUGGGGAAGGAUGACUCCAAGAUUGUUUCACGUUUCUGGAUUGAAAUAGAGAGGAAGAGACUGCAGAAGCAUAAGGAUCCUUUGGACUGUGAGGUUCAAAAGAUUGUGAAGACCUUGCUGUGCCUUAAACAAGAUCAAAAAGGAUGGGCUAUUCUCACCAAAGGCUUCAACGUGAGGGUUCUGGGUCACAGCGAGCCUAUGCUUCAAACUUUGGCCGAGUUUGAUUCAUGGAAAGAGAAAAUACUUCAAAAAGAAGGGUUUGACGUGGCCUUCGAUGAGUACUAUAAGAUCAAGCUUGAUGAGAUAUAUGCUCGUCAACAGUGUGCUUUUGUUAAAAAUAAUGCAAAUGUUCUAGUCACUAUAACGUGCCCAAAUCCCACGUGUGCACGUGUGAUGGAGGUGACAUCUGUUAAUUACCAGUGCUGCCAUCGUGAUGCUUCGGACAAUGCCAAAAUCUGAAUUUGGUGAGAGGAAAUUAAAGAGGUUCUUAGCCUCCAUCAUGAAGUUGCUCUUUGCAAAACUUUGUGUUUGAAUAUUUCUUUUUGUUGUCUUCGUUUCAAGAUGAAAGCAUGGUGCCAUGUAACCACUUGAUUUACCCUUGAUAAAAGGGAAAAUAAAUAAUGGUUUUGCUUCAUCAGUAUUGUAUGUCAACUAUAAAACUGAAUAAACUUAGCUUUUUGUUAU